AUGUUUGGUCAAACCCUUCUCGCUGCCGCGACUCUCGCGGGCUCCGCCGCUGCCGGCACGGUGCUCUGGGAUGGACGGUUCAAUGAGUUCAAUUCGUCGGAAGACCUCAACAACUGGUCAUGGGCGAACCAGGUCGGCCCCUACCAAUACUACAUCCACGGCAGCGGCGACGUGACCGACUACGUCAACCUGUCCCCCGACUACAAGAACCCAGCCGACACCGUCUCUGAGCAAGGCGUGCGCAUCACCAUCGACUCGACCGCCAAGUGGAACAGCGACAUGUGGCGCACGGAGCUGAUCCCGCAGACGACGGCCGCCAUCAACAGCGGCAAGGUGUUCUACCACUUCAGCAUCAAGCGCACCGACACCAACGCACCCUCGACGACGCACGAGCACCAGGUCAACUUCUUCGAGUCGCACUUCACCGAGCUCAAGUACGGCUGGAUCAGCGGCGCCGCCGGCGACAGCAACCCCAACCUGCAGUGGAUGGUCGGCGGCACCGGCAAGUGGGAGGUCGAGUUCGCGCCCGACGUCUGGCACAACGUCGCGUACGAGAUCGACUUUAGUGCGUCGACGGUUGGUUUUUGGCACAGCACGGGCGAGGAGGACCUCGUGCAGACGGUCGCGCCCGUCGCGGCGAGCACGAGCAGCAACGGCGCUGAUUGGCACCUCGGCGUGCUGCGUCUGCCGCGUAGCGGGUACGACACCGAUGCUGCGGAGGAUUGGUACUUCAGCGGCGUGUACGUCGAGAGCGGCGACAUUACGAAGAGCGUGGCUGGUCCUGCUUAG